AUGGAGAACUGGCCGAUCCUGGGCCGCCUUCGGAAGGCCGUGAACAAGGUCCGCUUCCUCCUCAACUUUAGGCUCCACAGAUGGAUCUCCUCGGGCGCUCUAGGGGGCUCUAUCAGCCACCGCCGCCUGAGCUUCGGCGACAGACCGGGGCUGUGGCUAUGUGCGGAUGAGGUCGAGUCGGGUGAUGCCCGCUCGGGCAGCUACAGUUCUCCUUCGAGGAGGUUGUCCCUUCAGAGGACGAUAAGCAGCCCGACCUACAGCGACCAAUACUGUUAUGAUGUCGAUAAGAAGGCUGAUAUGUUCAUAGCCAACUUCUAUCGCCAGCUUCAGCUGGAGAGACAGAUCUCUCUCGAGCUUCGGUACUGCAGAGGGAACAGCUUGGGGUCCAUGAAAUCUCCCUAA